AUGAUAAGUGAAAAUGACAAAGCACUAGUUUGUGCUUCAUUUAUUGUUAUGUGUGGUGAAUAUUUAAAAAAUAAGAAAAAAGUCAAAAGUCCAAAAAAGAGAAGGUGGUGGAUGACGGCAAUACAUCAAAGUCGUAACAAGUACAAUGCCACAAAUCUCAUGGAGGACCUAAGACGAGAAUCAUCUGGUAAAUUUGAAAACUUUUGCAGGAUGUCAGUCACUGACUUUGAAUUUUUACUUAGUAAAAUUGAACCAGUAAUUAAAAAAAAUGAUACAAUUAUGAGGGAAGCAAUCCCUGUACAAGAAAGGUUAGCAGUGACACUCAGGUUUUUGGCUUCUGGUGACAGUUUCAGAAGUUUAUCUUACUUAUUUAAAUUUUCUUCCCAAACUGUUUCCCGAUGCGUGUUUGAUGUUUGUGACACAUUGAUAGAUGUACUUAAGGAUGAAAUCAAGUAUUGGAUUCAUCGGAAGUCAUUCCAGAUAUCGGUGAAAUAUUCUGAGGAUGUUGGAACUGUUGAGCGUAAGAAAAAGAAGAUGGUUGGGAAUAGUACGAAGAUGCUGAAUUGA